GCGCUGAGACCGGCUCUGAGUGGGAUCGACAAUGACGGGGGAGGUGUGGGCUGCAUCCGUUGUAAAACACGCUCAAAGUAAUCGGCCCUGGUCGAUGGCGGAGUCUUAACGAUUAGAAAGGAAAUGAGACAUGCUAAUCCAAGGCCGAAGAAGACGAUCCGCUUGAUGUGCCGCCUGCAGAAAUAACGCCAUAUAGAAAAGAGAAGAAGAUGUCAAUGGACGGUGCAUGGCGAAAGCGAAAGAAAGCUUCUCCCCUCUCGAUGAACUGAGAUGGGUGGGAGAUGCGGAAACAGAUGCGAGACAGUGUACUCAGACGCGCCGCAUGGCGGCGACGUCGCGAAAUCUUGCGCAUGACCACGAUAUGGAUCCCGAGUCGACAUGAAUAGCAUUGCGGGAAAUGACCAGUUUGAGCAGGAAUUGACUGUCACAGUGGCAAACACAUCUCCUCCUCGCCAUGAACGCGACCGAGCGCAUCGGAGCAGCCGCUAGUUUCUUGCUGCAAUCCCCACCUGGGGAAAUCAACGAUGUUUUGAAUGACGUCAGAAACAUCAUCUCGGACGACGAUUCCCUUCACGAGGGCGUGCUGCCAACGUUGAAAGAGUACAAUAUCACACAGUUCAUGGUAGUGGAUGUUCCAGGAGCUCAGCAUCAGACGAUAAUCAGCGAAGCUGCACGCGUUUCCACGUCCGGCGAUGGUCAAGAGCGCUUCUUAGACCCGAGGUCGAAGACGUCGUUCCUCUUUGACCAUCUUACUCUCGAGACAUCAGACUCACAAUCCGUGGAUCCCAACACGGACUCUGAACCCUUCAGGGAGGCACUAGACAAGGCCACCCAAACUUACUUGACUGCGCAUUUCCAUGACGGUGUUGCAUCUGUGUUCGCCUCCAAAGACACCACAAACCAGUUCGUCAUCCAGGUGGUGGCUAACAAGUACAAUCCGACGAACUAUUGGUCGGGCCGAUGGCGGUCACAGUACACGGUAGAUUUGAAUGAGAAUACGGUCAAGGGAAUGGUGUUGGUGAAUGUGCACUACUACGAGCAGGGCAACGUCCAACUUUCGACAACGCACGACAUAUCAAUUUCUCUACCUGCCGCUAUCGUAACAGCUUCCCCCAACGUCUCAACAACCAAGCUACUUGCCUUGAUCGAGAACGAGGAAAGGAAGUACCAGACAUCGUUGAACGACACGUAUCAAGAGAUGGGGGAGAAGACAUUCAAGAGUCUUCGUCGAGCUCUGCCACUCACCAGGCAGAAGAUUGAUUGGGACAAAGUCAUGGGGUACAAACUGGGAGCCGAGUUGACAUCGAGCAAAGGGUUAUUCGCAAGCUCAAGCUCGUGAAGGCCAGCCAGUAGCCUGUGUAAUGUAUGAGUUGCUUUUAGUAUCACCACGGCUUGGCCAAGCCCCAACGGCAGCAUGCAAUAUGCUCAAAGUUCUCUGUUCUCUCGAGACUGCUCGCAAACACUUUCCUCGCUGAGUCAACCCCGCUGCGAUCCUGCACACUCGUGCUUCCUAAUCCGGUAGAUUUCGAUGUACAACGACGAUUGGUCUAACGAAGGACAUAAGGAGCGGACACCCUGUGUAGUAUACCAUUUGCGUAGAUCGCAUUCAGAUACCCUACAAUUCUC